AUGCUCUCACUCGCGACCCCUUCGUCGCCACAGCUUACGCAGGGCGGCAGCACCGCCUCUUCCGUCGCCCUCCUCCGCGGGGCCGCGGCUCGGCGCGACGCGAAGCUCACCUCCGCGGUCCACGCGGCCCUCCUAAAGUCCGGCGCGCUCCACCCCGCACGGCCCCUCUCCGCGUCAAACUCCCUGCUGCACGCCUACUUCCAAUGCGGCCUCCUCUCCCGCGCGCUCCGCCUGCUCGACGAAACGCCCCGCCGCGACGCGGCCACCUACGCCUCCCUCAUCUCCGCGCACUGCCGCCGCGGCGCGCCCAUGGACGCCCUCCGCGCCUUCCUGGACAUGCUGGAAUGGGGCGCCGGCGGUGCCGCCGACCAGGCAGAGGACGACGACACCGUCCGCCCCAACGAGUUCACGGCGGCCGCGGUCCUGCAGGCCUGCGGGCUCGCCAGGGACGGGAGACUGGGGAGGAUGGUGCACGGCUACCUCGUGGCAGGUGGGUUCUGCGGUGACCCGUUCGUGGUUGGCUCCUUGGUCAACAUGUACGCCAAGGUUGGGGAUGCGGCGAGCGCGCGGAGGCUGGUCCUUGGGUUGCCUUGCAGAGAUGUUGUCUCUUGGACGGCCAUCAUAUCAGGGUGCGUGCUCAAUGGUAUGCUCGAAGAGGCCCUCGGGGUGUUCGUCAUGAUGCUGGAAGAUGGUGUCCUCCCGAACAAUGUCACGAUGCUGAGCGUCAUUCAGGCAUGCUCUUUGAUGGGCGCCUCGGAAUUGUUCGGGCCGGUGCACGCUCUUGUUGUUCUGUUGGAGCUCGAGGACGAUGCCUCAGUGGUGAAUUCUCUCAUCAUGAUGUAUGCAAAGAAUGGAUUUGUUGAAGAAGCUAUGCGGCUUUUUAAUGGUGCGUACCUGAAGAGUGGGAAUUUAUGUUCUAAUGAGGAUGUUCUUGCGGCAAUCCUGUACGGUUGCACCAUUUCAGGAUACCAGAAGAAUGGAGAGGGAAUCCAUGCUCACCUGAUUAAAAUGGAUGCUUUCCCGAGCAUCGGCAUUGAGAACUCCCUCAUGGGCAUGUAUGCUAGAUUUGAGCAAGUUGAUGCAGUUCAUUUGGUGUUCAGUGGCAUGGAAGCUAAGGACAUUGUCUCAUGGAACACCAUUAUCUCGUGCCUUGCCAAGAGUGAUCAUGUGAAUGAAGCCAUGGAGCUUUUCAGCGUUCUUCAUGCUGGUGGCGGUGGGCUUGCACCUGACUUUGUCACGAUCUUGAGCAUUGUGCAGGCUUGCUCCAAUGCAGGAUUACUGCAUCAAGGGCAGAUGCUCCACGGAUGCAUCAUGAAAUCUGGUUUCAUUUAUGAUGUUUCAAUAUGCAAUGCUCUCAUAAGUAUGUAUGCUAAGUUAGGAAGGAUUGAUUUUGCCAAGAUGAUUUUUGAGAGGAUGGAUACCAAGGACCUUGUUUCCUGGAAUUCAAUGAUCACUGCUUAUGGGAUGCAUGGAGAUGGUCGUUCAGCUCUAAGGAUUUUCAACCAGCUGAAAGACGCUGGAACUCCUGUGCCAAAUGCCAUCACGUUUGUGAGUGUGAUAUCGGCUUGCAGCCAUGCUGGUUUGAUUUCAGAAGGCUACAAGUGCUUCGAAAGCAUGAGAAUGGAACAUGGCAUCGAACCUAGCAUGGACCAUUAUGCCUGUGUAGUUGAUCUGCUUGGAAGAUCUGGGAGGUUUGCUGAAGCAGAAGAAUUCAUCAGGGAUAUGCCUGUACCUCCCAACUCAUCCAUCUGGGGGCCUCUUCUAGCUGCUUGCCAGCUUCAUGGGAAUGUUGAUCUUGCAGAAAAGGCUGCUAACGAAUUGUCAGCCUUGGAGCCUGAGAGUGACAUCUGGAGAGUCUCCUUGGCAAAUACAUACGCCUUGGCUGGGAGAUGGAAAGAUGCUGCAAUGAUUAGGACUGAAAUGAGGAGAGCCGGUUUGAGAAAGGAGACAGGGUGGAGCUUCGUAGAUGUUGGAGGGGUUGAGGGUUUUAAGUUUGUGUCAGCAGAUACCAGGCAUCAAGAAGCGGAAAAGAUAUAUUCAGUAUGGCACACUAUGAACAAGCACAUGGCAGACCUAGCUGCUGAUGUGCAUAAACCAGGUCCAAUUAGCACAGUUUAG